GAAAAAGAGCACGGUGGUGAUUUCACGAUAGUAUCACUGUAACAGGCACUGUAUAGGUCUGAAGACUCUAGCCAUUUGAAAUAAACCCCAGGGUGCUACACAAGUGCUUUUCUUUGAUCCACUGCUGCAGUUUGUCGAAAGCGUUCCCUGCGAUUUGUCUUGCCGUCCUUUAGAAUCUGGUUUAACAAGAGCAGAAGCUUGUCGGCGCGCAAACAGCAGACAGGAAUAAUCAAUUCGUUUAAUAUCCACGCGUCUCGUAGAAUAACUAGGUGUCAGCAACGCACCGAAAAACCUUUUCUGUAUAUUAUUUCUUCUUCUUUAUCUUCUCUUUUCAUCGGUAGCUGCUUUUCUUUGCUUGUUCAUCCUCCAAUAACCCGGAAUCAGCAGGUUGCGUGUGUUGUGCAACAAAAUUAUAGCUUGAUGAAUUGAAUCGCUCGCUAAUAAUUGGGACGAAUCAACAACCUGACCCACCUGUCGUGGUGCCAGUAAGUGACGUGCAAUGUCGAAUUCAGCAUCUUCUACGAAAGUCGAAAACGCAGAGGGGACAGCGGCACUUACAAAAGCCACAGAUUUCCGUCACGAUUCAACAAAGAAACCUGCGAAACGUUACUCAAUCGCAGAAAGUGGAAAAACGGGCGGCGGGCUUCUAGAAAAGGCUGUUUCAGCAUCUGGAAGACGAAGCCCUAUUCGGAGUAGAAUUGCUGUGGUUCAAAGCCGUCGUGUGCCUUCCCGUAUGGAUAGUCAGCCCCAAGUAGUGACCGGCAACGGGAACUGCGUCCCGGCCGGCGGAAACGAAAAACUGACACAACCUCAAGGCUCUGGUAUCCGUCCUCUUAGUCCAUUAGACAGCCUCAAUGGGACAGCCGCUCCACACGAAGGUCGGUUUAAGGUUAAGAAAUCGAAUGCGCUGCACAAAGCGUCUGGAUCGGCGAAAGCGACAGAUGGCGAAGCAUCUUCGGACUCACCCGCGUUCGAGGAUGAAAACCGCUUUGAUAGGCACCCCAACGGCUCAAACACUGCAAAAUCGCCCGACGCAGCGGGUCAGUCAAACCGACUCAAUGCCGCUGAUCGCCCUUCUCGGCUAAGUGGAGAUAAUGCUGCGCAACAACAUCUGGGUGGACCCCUGCGACCAACGAAGCCUCCAGCUCAACAGCUUCGGCAGCUUUCCGCAAGCAAAGAAGGAGCCCGUGGUGGCAACGCCGAUCCUUUGCCUAAUGCAGACGUUCUAAAGAGCUUACCUCCGAUUCAGGCCACCGAUCAGGAGCCACGUAUCGCGAAGCAAUCCGAUGGAACUGAGCACAGAAGCAGCGGCGAGGCAAGAGGAAGCGGACCACGCCCUUCUGUGACGCGCACCGGAAACGUUCUAGACACGCACGGGGCGCCUGGCGACGCUAUCACAACGGACACCCGUGGUAGCAUUAGCCGCAGCCGUCGUAGUGCUCAGGUGCUGCGUGGUUUUAUUGGAAACAGCGACAAGAGGCAAGGAGGCGUUCCGGGGCGACUAUCGAACGGCUCAGGAGUUCCCAACAACAGAGUUAGCAUCAGCGAAGUUAAUCCGUUGCAUCACGCGAGCCACAUGAGUGCGCUGAGCGAGGGUGAUGGAAACGCCGAGAUGCCGUAUCACAGUAGUUACGAUUAUGAAGAUGGAUCCUCGCUUACGCAAAGCAGCGCUACUGAAAUCGAGGUGCGCGCCGAUGAUUUGCAUCCGUACGCUGAUGACGGAGGAGAUACUUUUUGCGACGAGCAGUCCUUUGCCAAUCGCCGCGGAGAACUAGAGUGGCUGCGGACGCCGUCUCUCUUUUACUUUUUUGCGAACGUUAUUAAGUGGAAUGAGUUACAGUUACAACGAAGAGAGUUCAUGAGCUUAUUGCAGGCCCGUCAACAACAGGGCAGCCAGGCGUCAGUUUCAAUCGUCUCCAUCUGGACGCAACACCGUGAGCGUGAAUUGCGGACAUUGGAAGCCAAUAUCAGUUUCUCUGCAUUCGAGCUAGAAGGGGUAUAUUUGAACCGAUUGCUGAUGCGCUGGUCGAAGCCAAAGCUGCGCUCACUCGUUGCAGACGUCGUAGCUACGUGGAAAAAAGAGGGGCCAAGCAGCGCGAAGUUCGACCGCGUGUCGUCGCGCCUGUUCGAUGCGAUCUCUAGCGAAGAGGCUUGCCAGCUUCGCUGCACGUGGGUGUUCCGUAUGCGACAGUGGCUGGGGCUGCCGCAGCAUCGCUGGAUUGUGACUGGGAUGCUUAUUGCGUGCUUUGUUGUGGCGAUUCUUUGUAUUGUUUUCCUCGCGGUGUUUGGGCGCGCCCACGAAGUGGUCUGCAUCGUGCUUUCCGCAGUGCUGGGCGUCGCCGUUGUUGUGAUGUACGUUUUGGCGCUGUUCAUCCUCCACAACAACACUUACACGUCGGCUGCCGCGACCUACUUCCGCGAGGUCGUGGUGCGUGCUGCGCAGCAACGGAUGGAAAAAGAAGAGCUGGAGGAAGGGGACAGCCUUACUGGUGUGAACAGCUAUGUUCAAGGGAACGAAGAGAAAUACGGUGGACCACGCGGCCGUGGCAUGGGAGGACUGGCGAACAGCGACGACGCGGACGCGCGGAGCGACUACACCACAGAGCAGACCUCGCUGGCGGUGCGAAAUUUGCGAGCCCUGACGGAGGGCAACGCCCACCCUGCAGGCCCUGGAGCACAGUACUACCGCAUUCCGGAUAACCUUUCCGGGGAGCGACGCGGGUCGGGCACGGCAGCAGGUGGGUACUACGAUGACGACAUGACCCUCACCGACGAUAACGCGCCCUCGCUCACGAGCAGACCUCCACAGGCUGGCGACGGCGCGAAGCAGAAGCAGGACUUGGAUCGUGACAACACAUUGUUGCUGAGUAAUGCUACGUACGAACAGCACCAAAAGUACCUGAAACAGCGGCAGUCCCUUCUGGUCCAGGAGACGAUGAGCUCGUCAAAAGUUCGCAACGACGGGGCAGACGCGACAAGAGAGGACCGCUUUGAGGGUCACACGAACGGCAAGGAGCACGUGAGUGGGAGUAGCGGAGGUAUGCGAGACGGCGCCAAGGGAGCUGACGGUGGUGUUAACGGGUCGACAGGCCAGCAGCAGCUUGCGAAUCUUCCAGACAAGGUGAACAUCACCGCUCUCAUCUACUGCGACAACGCAAACCUGCUUUCGGAGGUCGCGCCGUCGCUGUGGGAUCGGAUGUUCAUACUGCUGCGCGUCGCCGACCUGCACGCCCUCGACAGCUCCUUCAAGCACGGUUCCGAGCGCUUUAAGGUGAUUCUUAUCCACGCGGCGGAUGCGCCGGACGGGUCGGAGGUGUUGCACACAGCGCUGACGUGGCUGCAGGUGGAGCGCCGCCCCGUCUUUUUCAUUUCACGCCAAGCCAACGGCUACCCUUAUCAGGUACCUCCCUCUGCUCGUCUCAAGGUGCCCUUCACUUCCACCGCCAUCAACACCUUGUUCCUCGCCGGUCUCGGUGUGGAGGCAGAGCUCGGCGGCGUCUCUUUCCCUGCGCUCAUGCAGCAAGAGCAGUCGCCUUCGCAGCCCUUUCAAGCGCCGCCGUACGUGCUCGGCCGGCGACUGGGCGGUGGCGCCUUUGGGAACGUGUUCGAGGCCGAAAUGGAGCAAACCGGUGCGAAGUGCGCGGUGAAGCGCAUGUACCUGAAGGAGGACUCUGACGACGGGGGCCAGGAAGCGCAGGGCGGGCACAGCAACAUCACGGCAAACACCUCCGCUCGUGGCUCCGCCAAUGGAGAGGCGAAGGCGGCGCCCGGUGCGGCGUGCCACCCGGCCGCCCCGAAAACCGGCGAGGCGGCUGACGAAAGCACGAGCAAGCCUGAUGCCGACUGUGGCACCACCGGAGUCGGGUCUCAGCUACGCGAGAUCGCGCAGGAGGUGGAGAUUAUGAGCUCCCUGCAGCACCCGAGCAUCGUCCGCUACUACUUCUGCGAGCGCGACGACAACUGCAUCUCGAUCUUCAUGGAGCUCUGCACCGGCGGCUCCCUCAGCUCGUUGAUACACAGCGGCAAGCUGGUGAACCCGCCGGAGGUCAAGCUUGUGUUGCGUGAGAUUAUCAGCGCCGUGGCUUACCUGCACAGCCUGCGCAUCGUGCAUCGCGACUUGAAGCCGGACAACGUGCUAUUUCGUCUCGGGCACGUCAAGAUCACCGACUUCGGCACCGCCGUGCACAAACACGGUGGCGACCUGCGUCUCAUUAAAGGCACCUUUGCGUACAUGGCUCCCGAGACGUUGGUGGGCGAGCCGUACGGCAGCGCGUGCGAUGUGUGGUCGAUUGGGUGUAUCGCGGCGGAGAUACUGUCUGUGGACCUCCCCCAGCACGCACUGGGUCUCCCCGCGAUGUGCGAGUACUACCGGAACAUGGAGAAUGACAGCACGCUGCCCAUCGAGUGCGACGUGCCCGGGGUGCGGGACUUCCUCCUCGCCUGCCUGCGUCGCAACCCCAACGAGCGCAGCACCGCGGCGGAGCUCUUCUACCACCCCAUUUUGCAGGCCAGAGACGCAUCGAUUCAGUCGUGGAUGCAGAAGGUUGUGGAGCAGCGUCGGCACCGGCACAUCCUGCAGCACAAAAUGUCACACCGCAUUGGUCCCGGUGGUCGGGGCAGCGGGGUGCCGGGCAGUGCACACGCCCGACCCAACUCACCACACAGAAGUGAUAGAGUAGGAGGGGAUGGUGGUGACGGCUUCGAUCUCAGUUCGGGCAACGGAAGCGUCAUCUCUCUUGACUCGUCACAGCUGACGGAGCAUGACGAACACGCGGGCUCUGUGCUCACUCAGGAGACUAAAUGA